AUGUCUUUAAAACUCUUACUAUGCGCCGUUUUGGCUGUGUAUCACGGGACUCAAACCUGCAGUGGAUUUAAUAUCGAUGAACGGUUUCCUGUGAUCAAAGAGGGAAAAACCAAAGGGAGCUUCUUUGGAUUCUCAGUAGCUCUGCAUCACCAGACAGAGGGCUCAGCAAGGUCCCUGUAAGUUUUCACUCAUUAUAUUUGAGAAAAUGUUACCUUUCUUCUUCAUUUAAAGUUUCAAAUAACCUAAUAUCCGCAUUCAGGCAGGCUAGGCACCUGCUUAGACCGGGAGGCGUAACGAAAAACAACUAUUUGAUCCACCUCGGCGAGGCUUCUAUUGCGCCCACUUACUGUGGAAACCUGUACGGGAGCGAGCCUCAAUUCAUGCGUUUAACACCUGUUACUGUUUUAUGAACUACGCUGACUUGUUAAAUGUCUCCAUUUGUGUUACAAACUUCCUUUUUCUGCGCGUAAAGUUGUUCCUUCUCUGUCACCUGUCUGAAGACACAGAGGUUCGACUCCUCUCUAUACACGCUUGUUUCUGGCUCGUCACCACGUUGAAAGAAGCGGUAGAAAGAGAAAUAAACUAAUAUUCUAUUAACUAUUAUUGCCAUAGCACAAUCUGUUUUUAUUGAAACUCUAAUUUUAAAUGAAACCAUACAAAAAACAACAACCGUAUGUUAAUUCAAAAACACAAUUUAGACGACAAGGUGUAUUUAUUUCUUCAUAUUUGAAUAUUUAUUCUGAAUUUUACAGAUAAAAAUGAAAAUAAAACUCUUAAUUUCUGUCACAGCAUCUUUUAAAUGACUAUAAAGCCUACUGUAGAUGUGCAGGUGGACAUUGUAGUUUAGUUGAAGAAGUGUCCUAAAGGUCAUCACAGGUCAUGAAAAAUCUAAUCCUCUCAGAUCAGUUUGGGUUAUCACAUUGUGACUUUACAAAAUAUCCAGUCAUGUUACUUCUUCUGUGUAUGAUGCUCAGAAUUUGUAGCCUAAUGCAAAGCAAGCUGAGACACGGCUGUUCUGCUAACCUGUCCUGAGGCUAUGACUUUCAGCUAAGUCUCGGGUGGGUUAGUGUUUUGCAAAAAAAAAUGUUCACUGGUCUGUAACACAUGUAGGUUUAUUAUUUUUGGAGACAUAAAUGCUCAUGUUAAGUGUUUUGAGAUUUUAGAAGUAGGUCUUGAUGCUUAUUAGAAAUAGUUUAUGCAGCAGGACAAGAAUGUGUGUCACAUAUUUCCUUAGCUGCAGCGUCUUUAAUGAGGAUCCUCAAGCAGUAUCAUUGCUUUGUAUAGGAUUUCCCUCAGCUAAUUACAGCGGGCCCCUCAUCCUUCCGCAUCCUUGAUCACACAGCAUGUUCAUAACUAGCUCUUAUCUGUGUCUUCGUUCUGCUCUGAAGCGUCAUGCAGGAAGAACAUUGUAAACCAGGGCCCACUUCCUCUCUGCUGUCUCCAGUGAAGUGUCUGAAUGUAAAGCUUAUCAGUCAGAUCUCCAUGCAAAGUGAGGAAUUCAUGAGCAUCACAGAUAUUUUCUGUGUGUACUAAAUAGAUUUCAGUGUCCAGAUGACACUCAAUCGAUGUGCCAUCUUGGUCCUGUCUCCGGAGGAAUGGCGUCAUAGUCUAAAGACUGCAACCCAAGAAGGGGACCACAUGGCUGUGGUAAUUAGGUGGCCUGCUGGGACAAGGAGGCUGUAAUAAAAGUUAUCAGUCUUCUGCUAUCUAUUUUCCUCUCAGGUGUUGUCUUGAAAUCUCUGCUAGCUUAACUCAGGCUAGCAAGGAGUCAUGUCAGUGAUGCUAGCAGUUGAAGAAACAUCUGCUGCAUGUGUUUUCUUUUUAUACCAUUUUGAAGAAGUGACACUCUUUAUACUCAUUCUGACCUGUGAAUCAAAAUGAGAGUUUUAACACCUGUAACCAAGAUUUCACUUUCACUCAGGAUUCUUCAGUCACGAAAUCCCUUCCAAAUGUAAUCUAUGUAACCCCCACUCUUGGGUGUAGGUCCUGGUCUUGGUUGUGUACAUACUCAGAGUUUCUAUAAAGACAAAUCCAAGUGUGCUGAUGGUGUUUCCUAUGUUUGUCUUGGGCUGAUUUUUACAGUCCUGCCUGUUUCCUCUGUUGUCUGGUUUCUUAUGUGGCCCCUGAUCUGUCUCACCACACCACAGAGCUGUGUGUUGCCUGGUUCCUCAUCAUUGGAGCAAAGCUAGAGCAUGAACAUUUAAAAAAUGCAAGAACGAGGCAUAUAAACCCGUUGUGACUUGUACAGUGUUUAAAGUGGCCAUUCUCGGAGCCAAACAGAGUCACAGAUCAAGACGUCAGGUUUCCACUCCCUCUUCUGCAAAUAAGUCAGCACAAUAAAGUUUUUAUUUAACCUCUGAAGUUGGAGCCUAUUACCCAAUUAGUCUGAAAAAAAGUACAAAGAAUACAAGCUCAAAAAAAGCUUUUUUAAAAAUGCCUGUGCAAACUUUGCGGGGGUACAUGGCAUAUUAGGAGAGCAGCAGUGCUGUUUCUUGGGGAAGGGCCUCACCUGAAUAAUCUCAAAGCUACCUGAGGCCAAUUUGUACAGGGGUAUUCACCUCUCUGCUCCCCCCUUUCUCUUUAAAUCACCCAUUUAAAGACUCCCAGAGAUAUUUUUCCCUGAGAGGGCUUUUUUUGUUCUCAGUCAUAAAAGGGUGGAGGGAACGGGCAGUCAGCUGGCCACCUAUUGGCUCUUCCAGUCCCCUGAGUCAGUGGUAUGUGAGGAAUGUAUUCCCCUUCUCCACACAGUCACAACCUGCCAGGUUUCAGGUUGAGACAAGACAGAGAGAGUGUGAAUGAUGUUUCUGGGGGACUAUUAGUGGGGAACACACACACAUACCCCCAACCCCAACUCAAUGCUCAUCUUAUGGUACACAAAGCUGCCUUAAUUUACUAAUAGGAUCAUGAGGGGAGAGGAAAAAUUCAUUCCUGUGUCUGAUGAAUAUUUAAUUAGAGUUUGAGGGCCUCUGUUUUUCCAGAUCACCUCUGUCUGACUGCAGCAGCCUGAGGACACUAAAAUCAGUCAUUUAAUUUGGUGGGGCUUUCCCCUCUCUGUUAUGAGACACAGAUUUAACAGGUCCUGCUGUAAGGUUUAUUGACACUAACGGGUAAUUAUUUUUUAUGUCUAGUAACUGUACCACAACAGGUUGUCAUCAUCUAAACUUCAAGUUUUGAAGACAGCAAAACACUCAAUGCUCCAACCAAAACCGUGAUUUGAAUCCAUAAUUGGAAGCUAACACUUUUUGACAGCUGUAAACAUAUCAAAUAUCUAUUUCUAAAGUGUGCAGAGGCACUUUAGGGUUGAGGGUUCAAUGAAGACAGAGCACGUGUUAAACUCAAAAGUUAAAUAUUUGGGAUCGUAUAACUCAAUGUCCUGCUGUAGUGCAGACUAAUGUCAGUGAUGCAGGUGGAUCUGUCUGACUUGGCUGUGGUCCAACUUUCCCCUUCACAGAAAUGCUUGUGGUCUUUGUCUCUGAAGUAUCAGAGCACCAGUGUUACGCCUGAGUGAAAGUCUUUCAGAUAACAAUGCCGUGUUGUCCAUUAGACCCUCAUACAUUUCACUAGAGGAAGUUGUUUCUCAUGUGUCCCAUUUAGUAAAAGGAAGUAUCAUGAAUGUAAUUUGGAAGACGUUUGCUUUGCAAAUUUGCAUCCGACAGAACUUUUUUUAACGUUCAGUUGCACAGAUAUUAGCAAUACGAUCCAAUAUAAUACGAUACCAUAUGAUACUAUAUAAUAAUUGCUUCCAUGGCAACAGAUUCUCCUCUCUGUGUUGUGUGUUGACGUUAACUGAACAUUUUAAAUCACAGUCAUUAGCCUGCUUAUUCGUUAUCUUGCACAUAAAAUGAAGCACUACCUUUGACAGUGAAGUUAGAUAAGUCUUUUAAGAAUAUAAUAUUAACUUUUGUCCUUACGUGGCCUUCUUUCCUCUCAGAGCUUUGCAGUUGACACACCUUUAGAUAUAAAUAAGGCAGAUUUUUUAAACUCUGCUGCUAUUAUCUUUGCCGCUAUUGGCUCUUUGUAUCUAUGAGUAACUUGGAAAUGGACUCACAGCUUUACAGCCACUGUCUGGAUUGCAGGGACAAUCCCAAUACUAGAAUAUUUAUAUAAUUUAAAGUAGCAGUUUCAAUGGAAACUACAUUUUUUGCUACAUAUGACGGUAACUGCAAAUAAGGUUUUGCCCCAUUCUUAACAAGCAAAAGUAUAGGUGCUGGAACUAUUUUCAGUGGAUUGAUUUGAGAUAACAUUCAGUAGUGAUCUGGUUGUUAAAGGCGUUGCUUUUGCUGUUCAGAGUGAACAUCCAUUGUCAAGGGGCUUGAUGAGAGGUAAGACAAGGCAUUCAAUAAUCAAUCCUUGAAAAUAACCCCCCUCUGAAAAACUGUGCAAAACAACUUUCAGAGAGAUGAUUUAGCGUGUUGAAUACCAGUGCAUAAAUCCAUUGAAAUCCAAGCCAACAUGACUUCUCUGAAGUUAAGAGCAAGUUUGUUGAUCAUGACCGUCCCUAAUCUUUUAUUGCCUGUGUCCAAUCAGUUGCUAAUGGCAUGAGUAGCAUUUUGUUUAGCAGCCGAAUGAAUGACGGCCUCUAAUAACACGCUGAAAUGGAUCCCAGCGGGACCCUGUGCCUCCUGCUGAUCCGCACAGAGUAGAUUCUUUAUGGUGCGGCUUUCAUUGAAAAUACCUGCAGUGAGGACUGUGUCUAUGUUGACAAAAGUGUAAGAGAUCCCUCCUCUCUCCCCCUACUUGUACAGAUGCCCUUAAACAGCAUGGAAAAGGAGCUAGUGUAGCUGGCCUCUGGGCUAAUGAAGGCUACCUGGAGCUAGAAAAACUAUAUGCUUCAAUGGCUUCCCUCAAAUUCCAUUUUUCAUCUUUGAAGCUGAGAUGGUCCUGACGUAUUGGUUUACACUAGGAAUGUGACGGUGGAAGUCAUUGUAUGCUAACACAUGUCGUAUGUCCUAAACUAUUUAAAGUGUGCUUCAAAAAGAAGUUUAAAAAUGCAUCCUUUUAUCCAGUGUUUGAAACAUUGAUAUGAUAUUUCCAUGUCUAACAGAACUUGGCUGGGUAUUUUCCCCGACAGGUUAAACAGAAAUUUCAUGCACACACCUGUGCUGCUUUUAUUAGCUGAGUAAGACAUAAGUGGAAACUUGGCACCUCACAGGCACGCUAACAGUGUGUGUUGUCUGCUCUCUUAUAGCUGUGAGCUAGUCCACCUGUAAUCAUGCUCUACAUACACUUCCCCUGUGUUAUAGCUUCCUUAUAUGCAGCUGGGGUCAAAAUGUUAAAAGAAAAGCUGUGACUGAUACCAUGAAUCUCUUCUAAAUUGUGCUCCUGCUGCAUGGUGGGAGUGCACAGACGAUGCAUGAGCGUGGGUCACUGCGUCCACACUCAGUCCAGCUGUGUGAGUCUGUUUGUGUGUAUUUCUCCUUGUCACUUUAAUAUACAGCAUGUUUGUGUGUGUUUCUCAUUUGUAGUAGCAGUGGGGGAGCGAGGUUAACGCUGGGUGGGCAAAGUUAGCACACAAACCUGCAAACACAAAACCAAAACACGUCUUUGUCAGACGGGGUUUCACUGGCUGCUGUUGAAAAGUAAGUUAGUUUAUUAUCAGGGGAUGAGCCGCCAUGUUUAAUUUGUCACACUGGGUCCAAAUGAGUUUGCUCUUCUGUUACUGUUUCACUAAAGGCAGGUGGUGGUCUUUAAACAGGAUGUUUGUCCAGCUGAGAGACCCUGCUAGACCACUAUAGGAGCACAGGUGCAAACUGAUAUUUUAUUUAAUCUACUCUUCACUGUUGGAUACUUUCUCCUAAAUUUAUCACAAGUAAUGUUUGCAUUGCAUUCAUUUCCAUUUGAUGACCCCCCCAUGAGACCAAAUCACCAUUUAUCACAAUGCUAUCAGAUUUUUUUUUUGUUUUCUCUUCUUCUUUUUCAUCAUUCUCUUCUUUCUUCUUUUAAAACUUAACAGAGAUCAUUAAAAGAAAGCCAAAAAAUUCAGUUUUUCUCCCUUUAUCACAUAUCCAAACAUUAGUGCCCACAAGUGACUUGGAGGGAUAGUUCUGUUAUUUUUAGGCAAAGCUGUAAGGUACUCGUCAAUAAGUGUAUUGGCCACAGGGGAUCCCUGCCAGCUCUGCCCUUUGUUAAGAAACCGAUAGGGGAGCAGUCAUGGGCGCUAUUAAUGGUUGCAGACGGGGUCAGCUCAACCGCAUAUCUUAACCUAUUCUAAGAAACUUCAAACUAAACACUCAUGUUGGUGUAAGUGCACGCUGUAGCGCUUUACUUUGCCAUGGAAAGGCUCAUUCAUUUUUACACCGCUCUUGGAUGUUAUGAAUACCUGCAGUACACUGAUCUGCUAUUUAGGUCUUUGAUGACUUAAGGUCCUUACACACCGGGACCGACGCAAAUAUAUGAUGCCAAAUUACUAAAUAUUCAGAGGCGAAUUUUGAGGCGCCUGACUAUACACAUCAAGCCCGAUGCGAUUUUGCGACUUUCGGGGGGAGGGGGGGACACGCGUCCCGGGUAGAAGCGAGAAGACUGACACAACAGCAGACUGACUGUUUUCAGUUCUGAUUAGACACUAGUGUUGAGUUGACUGUCUGUCAUGAUAGCAUGUACUGAGUCGGGGCCAGUACCAGAUAAGCACAUUAAACUAUAAUCCAUAAACGUAAGGUAACAACCGAGACCUAAUGGUGCUGUGACAGCAAUAUGAUUAAGUUUGAGACAGUGAAAAUACAUAUGGUAUGUUGUAUCUGAACAGGUUAGCUUACGAGCUAAAGUUACUUAGCACAGAUGAAAGUUAAAACAAAGACGUUUAGCAAACUGUUAAAGCACACAAACUAUCGUCAUAUGAGAAAUCUGACGCUAUGACUCUCCACAAGUUGUCCUUCAGGUCGUUAUCUUUGUAAUGUUUGUGUCUUUUAUCAAAAAGCACUCUAUUCUCCAACAUGUAAAAAAUCAGCCGGUCGGCCAUGUUGGAUAUACCGGUGAAUCAGACGUCGCAACAACACGCAAUCUGAUUGGUCAGAAGUGGACACACAGUACGCGAAACUUUAGAAAAAUCGACUGUGAUGUAAAAAAAAUAAAUGCUGCAAUAUCGCAGGACGGGAAAACAUCGCUGAUGUGAACACUUGUAUUGACAGGAUACGGGUUCGAAAAAAAAUAUUGACGUCCGAAAUAAUUGCACAACAAAAACAGUCCCGGUGUGAAAGGACCUUAAGUCACAGAUGUAGUGUAAAUUUUGAUAUUUUUGCAUCUCAGUUCGACAUAAUUUUAAGCAUUAAACACUGUUAAAUAUCCAGCACACACAGUAAUGGCUGUCAAGUUUGUUGUUUAGCUCAGUCUUCCUCUCCUGUGUGUUUUGAUAAGGGAAACAAAUUGUGUGGAUUAUUUGUUGAGUGAAAAAUUGAGAGCCAAAAACUUGUUCUGAGGACAAAUUUUUAUUCAGCUUGUCUGGUUUUCUGAUUGAACUUUGGGAAAUUGAAGAAAGUGGGUAAAACACUAGCAUUCAGUGAGGUAGGGCUGCAGCUGCAUGUGAGCUGCUGGUAUCACCUCAUUAACAAGACAGGUCCUGAAAUACUGUCAUAACCAAGACUCAAUCAUGGCAACAGCUAGUUCUCUGGGUUUGGGGCAUGAGCUUGAGAUUUACACACACUUGCACCACCAGAUAAUUGAGGUCUCUCUUGCUCCUGCUUAGUGCAGCUGUUUCACCUCUCCCUCCUUUCAGACAGGAGAUAAGUGUCCUUGUUCUUGUCUUUUUCUGCCUCUAUAAACUCCAGUUUGUAAAGGUGUACCUUACUGUCCACUGUAAAGAUCCUAUCAUCGUCUCUGGUUGAAUCUCUUAGUUUUUGGUUUGGUUUUAUUUUCACUCUUUCAAAGCUGGCAGACCCAACAGCUGACCCAAAUGCAAUUUCUGGUGGCAAAGUGAAGCUUCGAAAAUUUCCAGAUGAAGACUAGUGUUUGGGUUCGAGCUAGCUCAUGACAGAGAUGAUUCUGCCUGUAAUGGCUGACAGCCGAGCUUUCAUGCGGGUUCUCCAGACUUGUUUCUUAACAAAGGAGCACAGCUGACCAGAAUCCUAUAAUUUAAACAAUAAAAUUAAAAAGACCUGUCACCUUAAAAAUAAAGGCUGAAGGCUCUAAGACACAAGAAUAGAUUAAAACUGAUGCAGCCUUUGUCCCAUGAGUGAAACCCUGUUAUUGUGAGAUUACAGUUUAAGCUUGACUGGCCACAGGGAUAAUGUUCAUGGUUUGCUUGGUGCAAACAGUUCACCACUAACUUCCUUUCACUCAAGCAGACUUGCCUCGUUAAUAAUUGACAACCUUGGCGGUUAUACUGGAGGAUUUGUCUUAAUAUGAGACAUUUACUAUGACUUAUUUCUACUUCUUCUUUUGAGACAAGUUUGUUUGCCAGAAUCUUGAUGUAAAGGUUCAGUUUGAGGUCAAAGGGUUUCAGGCUGGGUGAUAGACUCAAGAUUGAUGCCUUCUAUACUUUUGAAUUGAAGUUGCACCUGCACUCAGGCUUCAAAAAGUCAUGAGUUGGGGGAGUGGGGGCAGGUGAGGUGUGCGUGACCAAUACUUUUCCUAGCAGCAGGUUGAUCUAUAACUUUGUCCACAGUAGACUCAUGCACUUGUUAUGUUCUUCAUUUCAGCAUGUCUGUGGUGAAUAGUCUAAUAGCAAUGUGUUUACUCACUCCCUCCUUCUGGUUUUUGAGACAAUUUCCUGGAGGAGAAAUACCUGGAUUUAUCUGAGUGUCUUUGUCAUACGAGUGAAACUGCAAAAAAAAAAAAAGGCUAAGAUAAACACACUUUUGUGUUUCCUUAUCAUCUAAGCAGUCUCUCCUCUUUUUCUAAAUUCUUUACAUCAUUACAGGAGCAUAAAAAGAUCUAAUUCCUGCUCUGCUAUUGACCUGAUGCUCUAUCCAAUCUGCAAAUUGAGUCCCUCAAUUCAAUAUUACCUCCAUUUAUCUGUUUAGAGAGUUUAAGUGGCAUUAUUUCCCUGGAAUAGCCUGUAGUGUAAUCGCUUUAUAACAUCCUGCAGAGUAGGUUUGUGUAUUGAGUACGUUCAUAAAUGGAUUUAGGAUCAGAGUUUAGGAUUAAUGUUGUUUCACACACCCUUUCCUUGCCUGUACUUGUUUAGGAUUUGAUGUCCUGCUUUGUACCACAGUUAGGGUUUGAAAGUUUUAGGUGUGUGAUGCAGUGCUGCUAGUGACUGUACUUUGAAUCAGGUCAACCAUAGUUACCGGUUUGACUCUCUUUCACACAGACACGGAACAAAGAAAAACACUUAUUGUAAUAAGUGUUUUUCAUGAGCUACAGCUAAGGCUUAUACUGUUUUUCACAAACAAUCAUCAAUGCAGCUUAAAGCCCCUGUGAGAAACUUUUUUUUUUCCAAUCUUGGCCCCGCCUGUGGACAAAGCACUCUUUGCCUAUCUUUUCAUAAACAUGCUUGGGUCAUGUCCUCUAAAAAAAAUCUCAUCAUGAUGACUUCUGACCAACAAAUGUUGUAUUUAUUUGAAUAUUUUAUGAGAAAAAACUUAAAAAAAAAAAAAGAAAAAGUUGGAUUCAUUUAGCUGCUUGGCUGUCACCACUUUCAGGCAUUUUAAUAUGGCAAAGUAAAAAUAGUCAAUCUCAUUGCUGCUGAUCUUGUUUGCUCUUGUAUGUCACAGAAAGGCAUCUAUAGGCAUCAGUGUUAAUUUUAGUCUUAGUUAUUGACGUCAAAAAUCUCCUGACAAGAGCUUUUUUUCAGAUGGAUUAACUAAUGAUAAACUCGAUUAUGGUUUCGUCCUUGGUUACAGCAACUUAAGAACCUAAUACAAAGUCAUGGCUUUGGGUACUUGUCAAAUGCUGGGCAAAAUAUGUAAAUAUAGAUGUUACGGCUUUAUACUUUAUUUUCUGGCUGAUGUUUUUAUGCCUGUACAUUGCCAUCUGGGUGUUUGGAGCCAACUUAAAGAAGAUGGGGUGUAUAACAGAGAGCAAUUCUGCUCUAAAUUUCCACCAUCUUUUACAAAAUCCACAACAUGCUGUGCUUAGAACUUGAAGGUAAAAAGACAGUAAAUUUAUUUUAAAAUGUUGCACGAAGCGAUAAAUCAAUUGAAAAUUGGAUCACUUUCUUGAUUUGGUUCUAUAUGGUUGGGCUACUCACUACAAUGGAGUCAUCCACAUAAGGAAAAAAUCAAGUUUGAGGAGCUGUUUUCACUUCUUAUGUCAUUUCUUGGCUGAUACUGAAAGUCUGUCCUAGUGUCAAAAUACUAAGCAUUAUAUCUGAAAGUGAGAAAAUGGGCUAUUUGUGGGUGAUUUGUUUAUGAAAAGAGUGACCAUGACCUCAACAUUGAAGUUCUUACUUUAAAAAAGCAAACAAAAAAACAGUAAUUUUGUAGAUUUAGCAAUAGACUGUUGGUUUGUAACUGAGCGAGUGUGAAAUAUCUUAAAAAUUAUCCAACACUGCAGCUUCCUCCACACAGAAAACUUGGAAAAAGGUCACCGGUUGGCUGCAGGUGUGUGAUGUAGUCUGAAAAGGAAGUUGAAACCAAAUAAUUUUCCUUGAGCAGCCAAGAAUCAACACAGAUGUUGAUGAACAAUUGACAGUAUUAGAUCAUUGCAUCAUGGUCCUCCCUCACCUAUGUUUAAUCUCAGUAAUCCUCUCUCUGUUUCCCUAUUCAACAGAACCUUGUAACCAGGGGCAACAUCUUCAUGUGUCUACUUGCUUUCAAUGGGUCUUAUAAAAGCAAACUGACGCAUCAGAUUUAUAAUUGCAGGAGAGGCUGAUGUGAAGCUGUUCAUAACUCUGUUGAAGAGAGACAUGGCUGGUUCAUUUUAGUCUGAGGCAUAAUUUUCUACCGCUCAGAACAGUUGAGUCAUUAUAUUUCUAUAUAUAUGUUGCAUAUCUGCAGUGUUUGAAAGCUCUUUGGAAAAAAUAAACCCUGAGGUUCUUCAUUGUGGAGCUGAAGUUUUCUUCCUAUUUCUUUGCCCUAAAGCUGCUCGGCUGCAGUCUUAGCUUAUCUGGAGAGGUGAUCCAUCAUUUGUGUGAGGCUGACUUUCUUAAACACACACACAGCUACACUAAACUAAACAAAACACACACAACAGCCCAGAGAAAACAAGUAAAAGAGAGUUUCCUUUUUGCUCUUUGUGCCUUGUCAUUAUCUUUCAUCUCAGUCUCUUUGUUAUCUCUGUCAUCCAUCUCUGUUUGUAUCAGUCACCCAUUCUUAAAUAUUUAUACCUGCUGACAUGUAAAAAUAGGUCAUCAGGGAGGCAAAUUGUUUGUUAGAGGCCCAUGUCAUGUUCGAAGUACUCCAGUUCAGACACGGAUCAGAUUUAGAUGGAAGCGUUUGUUUUAAGAGAAAAUUUAUGUUUUAAGACCACUACAAUAAAAAUGUUUUCCAAAUUGAUAAUUAUUCUUUCCCCUUACACCCCCUACAUUUGUGCUUACAGCCUACUUUUCAUAGAUCACAUAUAAAAUAAACAACUGAAUUUAAAUUCAAUUAAUCAAUAAUCAAUCUUUAUUCAUGUUACGCCAAAUCACAGCAACCAUUACCUCAAGACUCAAAAGAGCAGGUCUAGAUCUAAUCUUAGUUUGAUGUAUUACAUAGACCCAACCUCAAGAUGGGAAACGAUUGAGUCCCAUCAAGAAAUAAGACCCUUUCUUAACCCAUCUCAAACCAACACGAGUGAAGCACUCUGCAGUAUUUAGCAGGUUACAGCGGCAAGAAAGAAACUUCACUUUAAAUGGCAGAAACCUUGAGCAAAUUUGCACAAACACAUGUAGACGUGUCAGUACUGUAUCAGAACUCAGAGUCUCCCCCUGAGACACUGAAACAGCUGCGUUUCCAUUACAUUUUUUCGCAAAAUAAAAGCGAUUUUUAUCAAAUUUCGACAAAGUACAAUUGCGAUUUGCGGGUGUUUCCAUUGAAUGGUGUUCAGUGCAUAAGCGAGCCGUCUGCCUCUCGCGAGCCGUGUUUAAAUGGCCGUUGCCUAGCAACGAGGUAAACUUCCUGCCCGUGCGACCUCGUAUUCCUUAAGCCUUUUUGCACACCAACAUGGACGACACACAAAACAUUUUGCGUUUUGGAGCAGCUAUUUCUGUGACCAUUACUGCUGUUGCCGCUGCUGUCAUCAGAAGACGAAGGCAGCGGGUGAUAAUUCAAAGGCAAAGCUCGUAUGUAUGGGAGCGAACACGGAUGAGCGAUUUCUGGGAGAGGAUCGUUAAUGAGGAAUUCACAGACGAAUUGUGGAUUCAAAACUUCAGAAAAAUACAAAUACAAUUCAAAACUUCAGAAAUAACUCCGUCUCCUCCCCCGUCCACAUAAACCGUGCCAUCUACGCUUGAAAUGAACUGGUCACUUGACCCGCUACGUCACGUCCGGUGACAGAGAAUUGCGAGAAAAGUGUUUCCAUUACACUUUUGCGAUAUACUUCUAUAUCGACACAUUUGAAAAACCACCUCAUGAGAGCGUAAAAACUUUUUAGCGAUAUUUGGGAGGUUUUUCGAAAUGUAGGUGUUUCCAUUACCAGUUUUCUAUUGCGAUAUUUACGUUUUGCGCAAAUCUAUGGCUAAUGGAAACGCAGCUAGUAACUUGUACUGUCUCUGUUUCUAACUUGUGUCUGACUUUUUUUUUUUGUCUCAGGUUCUAUUUUUUUGUCAUUUCAAUUGAAAAAAGGGACAGUUUGUUCCUCUGUGAAAUCAGCUAACUCACCCUGCUCAUUGUCUCAUCUUGUUAGUCUUGCUAAAGCCUGUAAGAUGCACAUAAAACUCAGGGUUUAGUCAUUUUCAAUUAUGUUGGGUUUGGGUUCUGCUGAUGCUAUUCUGAGUCAGAAACAGGUGGGAGUGUGUUUCAUGAACCUCUAAGGAACAGGACAUUUUACCCUGUGUGGACUCACAUAGAAUGAAACUAGUUGAAGUUCCCCUUUUUCUACCUUGUGAGACAAGAAGAGAUGAAUCUCUUCACCUCCUCACUCCUCUCUCCUCCUUUCCAUCACCCCCGACUUUUCAAUACAUCCUCCCCCUCCUCCUGCAUGUGCUGCUGUGAGGAGUUUGCUGAGCAGUGGAGAUUAAACUGACAAGAUAAGUUGCCUCCUGUUUGUCUAACCAAACAGAGCAGAUUUGGAUAUACAGUAGUUCCAUCAAGCUACCUCCUCCUGAGAGUUCAAUUUUCCAGAAUACAGGAACACAGACACACUCACCUUGUCAGGGUGUGCUAGCUGUGGUGCAUGUUUGGUCUAGCCAGGAUCACUUGUUAGGUGGAGGGGGCAAAUUUCAACAUGUCCUCAGAGUAGGAAUGCAGCUGCCGGUUGCCUGCGCCCCCCCUCUCGUCCCUGAGCCUUUGACAGGCUGUUUAUGAGGAGGUGAUGAGCAGAGAGUGAGAUAGAGGGAGUGCACACAUUGUUGCAGUACAAACAAGGCAGGAUAUGAGGCGUGUUGCCAGGCCUGAAUCAACUCUGAGUGGGUCAAGUUUCAGUGAAUUUCAUAUAUUGGCCAGUAAGUCUUUGUUAAUCCUUUCAAAUUCCCUCACAUAAACUGAAUAACUCUUGGUCAUCAAUAAAAAAAAAAGCUUUUUAAGUGGAGAGAAGGUUUGGCCAGAUAAGAGUGUUAUGAAGGACAGGCUGGUGGUGUUGUUAGGUCCAGGCACUUCCACUGUUCAAACUAAAGGUUUCAGAUUUUGGGAGGUACAUUUAUUCCUUUUCUUUUCAUAAGUCAGAGAUGCUAAAAUUCAAGCUCCAAAGAUACCCCUUUUUUAACAGUCUGGGGUCCCGACCCUGAACAGACAGUCUUAAUAGACGGGACAGGCCCAGGAAGGACUCAUCAGUGAAGUGGCAAUCAUAUGCUCUAAUGUGACUGUUUCCCCUAAAACUUCAAAACUUCCCACAGUUUCAUGUUUCUUUGUCUCUGAGGGGAGAAAAUAGUUGUGGCCACUGUGCUGCAAAUGCAGAACUGAAAACUUCAAAAGCACAUGCAAAAGUCACAAAAAAAUCACAACAGUUAAAAUGUUGAAACUGAAAAACUGUGCUGCAAAAAGCCAAAACAACUCUACAAACCACAAGAGUUGUUGGCCACCACAAAAAAAUUUCUGUCAAGCAACUUUUCCUGACAUACUGAAUCAACAAAGUGCAGAACAGAGGCAAAAGAUAAACUGGGUAACAGACUGUCCAGCUCCUGGGCAGGUGUGUCUUUGACAGAGCUGGAUGGUCUCAUCCUCUAGUGCUGUCCCAAUAGACAGGUUUCUUGUGUACAAACAAUACUAGGUGAGCGCGCAACAAUGGAGCAACCAUGGGUCGAAAUGUUUGUUGAUUGUUUGUUUUGCCCAUUCGUGCAGUUUACAGCACAACAGCUCCUUAUCAUUUUCUUUCUCUGUUGAUUCCGCUUGUAAACAAAUAAGAAAUGUCCCGCUUUCUGCCCCCUGGCUGCGCAUGCAUACCUGCGAUGACAUUGCACAGAAACUCGUCUAUCGGGCGGCAUGACCUGACAUCAGUGUCUUUAAAUGAGCUGUUCAGAGAAGCUGGAAAACACAUGCCGGAAUUACACCACCAUCCGCGUAGCUCAUGGUAUGAAACUCUGCUCAAGUUUAGUAUGGACAUCCAGCAUUGUCACACUGAAUGUAUUAAAGUACUGAUCAGCAUAAUAGGUCUACUUUAAACACAUAGUACUUGGUUUUUAAAUAACUAAUGAAUUAUGAAUUGAUGAUAAAUGAUGGUCCUGUGUGGGUUUGUGUCUGUAUUGCAGCGCUCUGCAGUGCAUUGUUUACGUCCAGUCUUCUUUUUAUAUCUGGGCUUUCAAUGCGUUUAUUGAGAGGUGGGACAGUGGGUAUAGUGGGAAAUGGAGAAGGCAGGGUAAGGAAAGGGGCUGUGGGUUGGACUUGAACCCAAGACGCCACAACUCUGAGAGAAAACGGGUGUGUUUCCUCUUUUUCUGACCUGAUCAUAACAGUCAACAGGGUUCAUUUUCCAACACUGCAGCUCUUUAAUACGGUGAUUAAACAGUGAGUGUGCACACAAGGUUGGGUUGGACUUGUUCUUAUUUGUUGGUUUCAACAGGCCACUUCAUCUGAGUUACCCAAUGUGUGAUAAGCACCUAACUCUGCUCCCCAAUCCUUAAUGAUUUCUAUGAGAGCAAAGUUCAAACUAACCGGCCUCUAAGUGUUUUAUAACACUGCUGACCCUUUUCUUUCUCAUUCAGUCUGAAUGCUUUGAUUCUGUGCGGGGAGGUCUGACCUUGUGAGCCUGUGUUUUGAGACACUUUGUGCUGGUCUCAGCUGAAAAACACUUUAGAUGGCCAUGGCUUCUGAUUAAACCACUCUGGGAGCAGAAAGGCAAGACGAAUGUAGAAAAACAAACCCCACUUAUUGUCCCAUGUGUGUUUCUGUUGUAUGAAAAUGGACAGGGCUUCUGAAUCUCCACGUAUCCUUCGGUCUGUCUGACCACUACUGACUUCUGUGGAAUCUCAUACGCUGUCUACAUUACUGAAUGAUUACAUGAAUCAAGGCUUUUCUCUCAGGGCCCUUUGGAAAUUGCCGACCCUCAGAGGCCAUCUUCGCUCUUACUGGUUGUCAUCACUAUGUCAAGAUCAUAGUGUCUUUGCUUGGUAGCUGAAAGAAGGGAUGAUUAUAUUUUUCUGUUUUGAAUGAUUUUGGCUGGAAGACGUUUCAUACAUCAGCUGAAAAUAUUUAACAUAUUCCUCUAUUGAUUUAAAGCUAGUUGAUACUGAUGAGACGGAGAUUUUUGAAGGGCAAAAGGAUCAAUCAUUGACCUAUUUAAGUUUCUCUUUGUCUAUAAAAAGUCUGGUUAUUGAAGUUUCCAUGUGGUUACUUUAUUGCCUCUUCCAUCAUGGAAGGAGCGAUUCAAGUAAAGGACAACAUUUAAGCCACAACUCCUGAUCUGAGAUCAGUGCGUUCUUAUUCUAAGAUGGUGAGACUUCAAAUUAUUAGGGGUUAGUUUUAUCUUACGACAGCCCCCGGAAACAAACUCAUAUGACUGGAAAUCUCUGUCUGUUCAUGUUCAGGUGAUGCAUCACAGAAGAAAUAUUUCCACCAGGGCUCUUCAGAUGCUCUCAUGAUUAGAGUUUAAGUUUGUAUGGGGGCAUUUUGUCUCUGUAAGGGUGUGUAUAGAUACAGACGUCUGAGGUAGAGAGAUAGAGUCUGGUACAGUCACAAUACUAGAGUAUUAUGUGUGCCAUUUUUUACAGAACCUCUGAAAAAUAUAUUUUUCAUUUGUUAGUUUUGUAUGACUCGUUGUUGUCGUUUGAAGGUGCAGGGGCUUCGCUUUAAAGGUGUUUUUUCACAUCUACACCAAUCAGCCUAGUUUAAUUUACUCAUCAGUGCCUGUGAGGGGUGCAGGUGGCCUUCAGUGAGUAAACCCACAAGUUUGAGUAAUGGCUUCACUCAUAAUUUUCCUCUUUCAAUUGUUCAUUGCUGCCAACAGCAUUUCAGCUCCAAACAAGCAAUCCAUGAGCAGAGGUUUAAAUGAAAAAAAGCUUCAGUUUCACUCCAGUGCCACAUGCUUUUGUUUCCCACUGCAGUGGGGUCAUGUGUCACACACACCGUAAACAAGACUGUCUGCACCUCCGCCUACAAAGUGGAGCUAAUAAAUCUUGUGCUGACAGUAAAUAGAGUGUCCCAGCACAGGGUUGUGUAGAGGGAGUAAUCCCUCCACUUCAAAGUUGCGUGGUGUGUCUAAAGGUGCUGAUGUGGGGAGUGUCCGGCUGAGCGGACAAAAAGAUCAGGUCCAUCACUGAAGCUGGGCUGGAAGUCUUUGUGUGUGGGAGUGAGCAUGUGCGGUGCCUAGACUUGUCACGGGUCGUGCUCUGACUACUCCAGUCUCUCAUUUUCAGUUCACAUGGGUUGGUCUUGAAACCUCUUGUCACUGUAAAAGCAGUUUCUGAGGUGACAUACUUAAUAAUUCAUUAACCGUCAGGGCGAAGUGUUUUACUUUUAAGGUCAAAUGGAAGAGGGUAUGUGGAUACUAAUUUACCAAUACAGUUUUUUCCCUUCUAAAUAUGGACUCAGAUAGCUGGAGGAGCAAAUUCUAAAUAUCCUUUCCAUAGGUCUACAAUAUAAAAUGAACCUACACUCUUAUUCUGCUAACCCCAUGUUGAUGUGGUGUGACAGCUAUGAGUGCUGUAGCCUGGCGGUCUCGGUCCAGCGUCCAGACUCUUGGCUUACCUUACUUUAGAUAGGCCAAGAUCUUUUAUGUGGUUACUGUCUCUGUGUUGUAAUGUCUAACACCGUGACAAAGCUGAUAUAAUCUUAUCCUGCUAAUCUGUCUGUGCCUUUCUCUCUCCCUCUUCUGUGUGUUUGUCUGUCUGUGUGUGCAGACUUCUUGUAGGAGCGCCCAAAGAGAAAGCCUUAUCUCUAAAAAACGUCAAUGAGACAGGUGCUGUCUACUCCUGUCCCAUCACCACCAACACCAAUGACUGCACCAGGAUGGACCUGGUCAGCACAAGUAAGCACUACUCAAAACUCAGGAAGGACUAACUGGUGAAUAAAGAGUUUAGCAUCAUAAUAAAACUUUUUAUUGAUGUCUGAGCCUGAGAAACACAUUUGUAGGGGUGCUGAUUUGACUCUGAACCAGCACAGACUCUGAGGGAUUAACAUAGAUGUGAAGAGUCAGCAGCCAUGUUUGCUGCUCUCUUAGUGCACAGUGGUGCUUUGAACUAAUUCAUUUGGCCACAUGAACACAUAAUCACAAUGGUAAUACUUACAUAAUGGUGUAACCAGCAGGAUUAUUUCAACCUAAGAAUGUACAGUUAGAAAGAGUAAAGGUUGGCUUGCAUUUUUUGGUGGACUAAUGCUGCGUUCUAGUUACCUCAGAAGUCGGAUGUCAGAGCUGGGUAUGAUGUUACACCUGAGUUGACGGCGUUUCAGUAAACAAGUCGGAAAACCAAGAUGGGUGCCUACAGUUAGCCAUUGUUAACAAUUGUCAACUGUUGUUAGCCGUUGUCAGCUGUUGUGAGUUGUUGAUAGCUAUACCAGCUGUAAACAAGGCAUAACACAGUAUUUCACUCCUACAAACACGUUGGACAGUACAACAUAUACCACUUAUUUAAUUUCAUAAAAACAAAACAGAAGUGCUAAUAAAUAGUACAUUACGAGAGCUUUCACUGUUACUCUUUACUGUUGAGGCACUGCGCUGCCAUCUUGGAUUAUGACGCUGUCGUCAAGUCGGGGUUAGUGAGAAAAUCUGACUUUCUGAGUCGGAAAUCCAACUUCAGGGGUGCGUUACAGGUGAAUUUCCGGCUCGGAAAUUCCAACUUCCAUUUGAACGCAGCAUUAUUCCUCUCCAAUCUCUUUUGUCUGAUUAGAAUAUUUUUUAAGUUUUAAAUAUUUAACUUUAAAUAUUUGUAUAAUUUUGGCAUAAUUCACUUUUAUAAAAGGUAGAGGCCAGAAGGAUUUCGCUGAUCGCUAAGUGAGCAGCAGCUAAUAAUACCCUACAGAUGCUAGUCAGUUCGCUUCUUCUUUAUUCCCAGGACAAAGCGUGCGUGUCAGACAUUCUCAGCCUAAUCCCCAGCAUGUCCCAUAGCAUCCACAAUCAUACACUGCACCCACAAAAUGAGCUGCAGGUUAUAAAACUCUGAAAGAGCAUCCUUCCUUAAUUGAAGGUUAUUAACUUAUAGACUUACUGCUCACCUACCUGCAGGUGAAUAGACCCCCUGGAGGCUAAGAGUAAGAGCCAUAAUAAAAGGAUUCCUCAUCACUUUUGAUGUUGAGGUCGGAGCGACUGUUGCCACAGUCACAGCACAUUUUUGUGGUUAAUAUUUGUCAGGGCAUGUCAUGAUGGGGGCUGGAUGAGCUCUGCUGUUUGGGUUAGUUUUCCUGGGACUGUAAUAACUGUCAUCAUGUGUUGUAUAAAAUAUGUAUGAUGGGGAAACGAAUGCUAGUUUAUUUGGGGUAAAAAUGAUGAAUUGAAAAAAAUAAAAAAAUAAGAACUCACCUUGUCAAUCACCAGGACGUUUAACUGUAUUAACAAUUACGUUGUAAUCCACAGCAACCUCCUCUGAGAUGGUGGAGGGCAUGUGGCUCGGUGUGACAGUGGCCAGUCAGAGAAACCAGGCGGGUGGACGCGUGCUGGUGAGAUAAUGCUGUUUUUUUUUUUCUUAUUUGUUAUUAGAUGGAGUCGCAGGUGGCAUGUUGUGAACAUAGAGGGGUCCAGUAUGAGAUAAAUAAUUUAGUCUUAAUGUUUAAUAUCACAGAUGACACAGAGUGCAUGUUGCAAUAUUUAUUGCAUCAUCUGCAAACAAAAUAUUGUAGUCAACUCCUGCACACACCUUAAACAGAAUGACUCAUGUAGGUCGGAAAUGCCAUGAAGAUAAAACUGAUGAUGACAAUCUUAUUACAGGUCAUGUUUGUAUUUUCCUGAAAUGAUUUUUUUCCUUUGAUAUGGUUAAUUUCAUUUGUAUUCAUGUAAAAGUAUUUCAAGAGUGAAAUGCAGUGAUCUGAUUCCAUCUUUGUAAAUACACAACAAGGCAGUAAGAGAAAAAUUCACUCUUGUUUUGAGUAGCUGCUCUCAGUUUCUCUCAGUUUCUUGAUUGAUCCCAGUUUGUAUCCUUUCUCCUUGGCUGAUCUGACACAUGGUUGAUUCAACCAACCAUACAGUCUGUGAUCUCCUAGAAUAAACUUUUUUCUCUCCAGGCAUGCGGGCAUCGCUAUGUGAAGGUCAUCAAAGGCGCUACAGAAGAGCAGAGACGGAUGGUAGGCAGGUGCUACGUUAGAGGUAACGACCUGACCUAUGACCCCGAUGAUGAAUGGCAGGCCUUCAGGUAUGAGGUCUGCAACCCCAACUUUGACAUGGAGCUGGAGGGGAUGUGCAACAUGGGCAUUUCGGGCGGCAUUACGGAGACUGACGUCUACAUCGGUGCUACAGGCAGCUUUGUGUGGCAAGGUGAGACCCGAGGAGUCGAUGUUCAAAUCACUGUGGAAAUAAUUACCUGGGAUUGGGAUUAAAAUGAAUGCAAGUAUUCUAACAAGGAUAACAAGGGUUUUAUUCUCAGCUGAGGGGAAUUGUCCAUAUUGCAUGACACAGGAAAAAACACUACUGUCUGUUUGUUUGUUUGUUUGUUUAUUCAUUCAUUUAUUUUUCCAUUAAGGAAAUGUUCAUGUAACGUGGAGAGAUCCAGAUCCACUCAAUUCCUGGGACUCCAAAGGCACUGAGUUUGGACAGCUGGGAAAAAGAAACAACUAUAUGGGUAAAUUUGAAGAGUUGCAUCACAAAAUAUUGAAAUCAUAGCAAACUAAAAGUUGAAAAUUCCUGCAUCUCGAUUGCAAAUAUAUAUGAUGUGUUUAAGAGCUGGUUUUGAUUCAGAACAACCUGUAAAUUUCAAAACACUUUCUUUAUUUCUUUAACAUUUCUUUAGCAGUGUCUUGUUAAAGUCUAGCAGUCAUUUUUAAAUCCUAUUAUCCGCAGGUUACUCUGUCAUUGAGGAGAAAAAACUGCUGAGCCAUGAUGAAUACACAGUGGUAACAGGGUCUCCCAGGGAUGAGUCCAAGGGCUCUGUUGUGUUCGGGGCCAAGACUGACAAAAUAAUCAAGCCAGAGCUCACCAUCCGGGGAGAACAAGUGGGCUCAUAUUUUGGGAGCAGUCUGGCUGUCACCGACCUCAACAAUGACGAGUGCGUAAAUGCACAACACACAGUGACAAUACUCUCAUUCACCUUUGCUUGAUAGUAUCCUCACUCUUCUAUAACAGGGAUGAAAAUAAAUAUAAUUUGAUCCUUUAAAUAGAAAACCAGUAAAGCAAAACUGUCAUGUCUGCUAUCUUGUCCCUCUGGGCUGCAUCAUGCUUGAAUGUCUUGUAGCUAUGUGCCGCCCUGAUAUUCAGAGAAUGUAUGCAUGAGCUCAGAGGAGGAGAGAAAACCUGUCCUUUCAGCAGCUGAGAUAAGGCGUUCAUGCUGACAUCAUGGUGAAAUCAUGUGUCCACUUUGAAGCAAGAGAGAAACUUUUUUUUGAUGUGUUGGAUCUUAAAUAUUUAUGUGUGCACGUAUGUGUUUACAUAUUAACAUGUACUUUUGUUAUUUCCUUUGAACAGCUGGAACGAACUGAUCGUUGGCGCCCCAUUUUACUUUGAUCGUAUGAAAGAUCAGGGUGGAGCCGUGUACAUCUUCAUGAACGAGAAUGGAUCUUUCCAGAAGACUGCAAACGUGGUGCUGAAGGGUCCAACAGGCUCUGGUUUUGGUUUUGCUGUGGCGGCAAUCGGAGAUGUCAACCAAGAUGGAUUCCAAGGUAUAACAUUUGUUUCAAGUUAACUUGAGGACAAAGAAAAUGAAAUAACAUCAUGUGGAAAAGACGCUAUCUGCAGCUUUAAAAAUCCAGAUCAGUAAAUAUUGGAGGUUUAUCUCUAAAAGAAAACAAUUAGACAAUUGUGAAGUAGAGCUUCUUUUUAAAAUCAGUUUGUUACAUUAACAAUAUUGUUCCUGUAAUAUUACAUACACGUGUUUAUUAACAGGUGGUUUUAUUUCUCUUUAAUGUUUUGUGUGAUUGAUUUUAUGAGUUGCUGCUCGGCAAGUGCCUCAGCAGUUUGCAACAUGUGCUGUGUUGACAGAUGAACACUAUAAUAGCUGAACAAAACUUGGAUACAUACAUAACAUUAAGAAGUAUUAGGCUGCCACCUAGAGGGGUAAACAAGCACCUCCUUGAAUAUUUACCUCUCCUCACGUCUGCAGACAUUGCAGUGGGAGCUCCUUUCCACGACACAGGAAAAGUCUACAUAUGGAUGGGAAGCAAAGAAGGAGUCUCAGAGGAGCCCAGUCAGGUAACAUCUAGCUUGGUUACAUGAAUGUAGUGUAAACUGUAUCUGAAAGUAUGUGGCUUUGUUGUGUUCACCUCCUCUGUUUCAUUGCUGCCCUCUGUAGGUGAUAGAGGGUAAGUCGGUGGGUAACGGAGGAUUUAAAACCUUUGGCUACUCCCUCAAUGGAGGGAUGGACAUGGAUGGCAACAAUUACCCUGAUAUUUUAGUCGGCUCGCUGGAUGACCGUAUGGCUCUGCUCAGGUACUAAUAAGAAGUGAAACAUAAUGUUGUUUGGUUAAGAUUUCUAUAAAAAAGUGACACAAAGUAUUGUGGAACAGGAAUAUUCAGAGUACGCUUGGACAGUAUGUUUGUUCUAUAAAUAUCAUGAUACAAAUUGAGGUUUUCACCAAAAAGAUGGCAGUCAAAUUUUUAGGAUUCUUUUAAAGUAUGGCGCCAUUAUAAAUAGUAAUGAUGUCAAGUAUUUUCACUGUGUAUGACCCUUUGAAAGCUGGAUUUCUCUUGUUAUCUGGCUUGUUUUCAGGGCUCGUCCAGUGAUCCACUUAACCAGGAACUUUACUGUUGGGCCAGAGAUUGUAGACCCUAAUCAGUGCACUGGAAAUACACCAUGGUGAGAUGUCUCCUGUGAAGUUUUCGCACGGUGGCUGUCGUGUUUGUUCUGCCUUUUUAAAUUACUGUGUUUUUUGUUUGCAGCAUUAAGGCAACUCUGUGUGUGUCUUUCACUCUGAGCAAUGGAAACAAAGACUUCAGGAAAAAUUUAAGUAAGAAGUCUUCCUUUAAUUCAGUUUUUAGAUUAUUAUUUUGAAGAUUUGUAGAGAGGCUGCUGAAUAAGUGUUGUAUUAAGUUACAAACUGCAAGGACAGUGGUUGGUUUAUGAGAAUCCUCUGUGUGUUGUGUAACUGCUGUAUUGUUCACUACUUUGUUAACCUGUAUGUGCUUACUUUGUUCAGAGGUGAAGUACACAGUGGAGGCAGACAUGGAGAGGAGAAGGGCUCCACGUGUUCGUUUUCAGGACAAUAAUGAUGACUCCUACACAGACACACUGAGUGUGCCAUCUGCAAAAUCUAAGUGUCAUACACUGAAAUUGUUCAUAGUGGUAAGUGGGACAAAAAUACUUUAUUUUGAGCAUUGGUAAAUGUUCAAGAUUCAAGAGAAACAUUACUUUUAUGUUUUAAUUUACCAACAUGGAUGUUAAAAUAACCUUUUUUUGUGCGAAGUGUUGUUCUUGAAUCGCCAUGUGCUUAAAAAGACUUCAGUAAAACUCAGGGGUUAUUUUACAGACACCUGUGCAGGACAAACUAGAGCCAGUGGUCUUUUCCCUGAACAUGUCCUUACACGAACAAAAACCGAAGUCCACAUCGUCCCUUGAGAACCUGGACUCUUUCCCGAUCCUCAGCCAGAAGCAUAAACUCUCUGAAAAAACAGAGGUAUGGAGCAGACCAUACACUAAAUCACAAAGAAAUAUUCAUGAAGCUUCAUAGUGUGAGGAAUAACUUAUUUGUUGUUUCCUCUAGAUCCACUUUCAGAGGGAGUGUGGCUCAGACAACAGAUGCAGCAGCAACCUGCAGAUGAAAGCCCAGUAUGUUGAUGAUGAUGGCAAUCCUUAUCCCAGGUAAAAUUAAAAUGUGAAAAUGAAAAGAUUAUUUAGACAUCUCAAAUCAUCCAUACAUGCACAUUUUACCAUGUUACUCUUUUUUCAGGCAAGGUGAAGUUCAGGUACUACAGUAUAGCAGCCAUGUCAAGAAAAUAAGGCUGAUGGUGGAGGUGACCAACAGACCUGAUGGAGGGCGGCUGGCUGAAGAUGCUCAUCAGGCCGCGCUCACCGUCACCCUCCCUGAUACACUGAGAUACUCGGGUGUCAGGUCUCAGGUACGUCCAGUUGGGGGCAGCAGAUAACUGAAAAAAUGUUCAUUUAUUCUUCAUCUCUUUACCACCAGGACUACAAUCUGUGUUUAGUUUACUUUUGCCUGUAAUUUUCCUUGUUUGUUUUUUAAGUCAAAAUAUAAACACAAUAUCACAUCAACUGCAAGUCCAUUUCCAAAAAAUCAUUACAAAAUAUUUCUUUUGCUGCAUUUGAGCAAUAAUUAAGUUUCUAUAAGCCCCAACCAACUUUGUGCUGAGAAUACCAAGAAAAGAAAAGCUGAACUGAACAAACCAACAAUAAGAACAGAAGAGGGAGACAUGCCCCUCAGUGAUACAGGUGUUAGUGCUAUCAGAGUCGCAAAAGCAAUAAUAUUUCAUAAGUGCCAGAUGUUACCAACUGCGUAGGACCAGGUUUUAGAUAAAGACCAAAAGCUUCAUUCAAAACUACAAAUAGAGAAUUCAAAAACUCUCUUACCUUUGACUGCAACCAGAACAUGUUCGUUAAGUCCAAUAUGGUGGCUUUACAAUGAUCACAACCUUACUGUGGUGAACAGGAUGAAGACCUUUUGACUGGAUCAGAUUUAGUCGUGCACAGGAAGAGUUCUGUGCGAUCAGUUGUCUCUUGUGAUGUCAUAAAACAACAUGAUUAAGUAAUACAAUUUAGAGAUUUGACUUUUUGAGGUUGAAGGAGUCUGUGAUAUGACAUCCAAAUAUGAUCUUGUGGGUAAUUUAGGGGAUAAUGAAUUAUGAGUUUGAUUUAAACGGCAGAUCUGAAGAUAUCCGUAACACUAUCUUUAGAAAUAAGACUAUUGACUUAAUCUAUGAAACUGGAAAAAAUAUGAUCCAUGAAAAAGUCCAUGCAUGUAGUUAGUCCCAUUGCUUUUGCAUUUUUAAGUAUGUUGAUUUUGUGUUCAGGAAAACAGUGUAUUGUGCUCUUUGACUGAUGUACUGGAGUGUGAUGUGGGGAAUCCUGUGAAAAGCAACACAGAGGUAACUUUAGACAUAUUCAAUUCAAUCAAUUUCUUUUCUUUUUGGCCUGUUUCUUCUUCUAAGUCGUAUCUGACAUUUUAUAUACUGUUGUUUUCAUGACCAGAUGACAUUCUACCUCUUGUUUGAGACAUCAGCGAUUGAUCUGUACACACAGGAGAUUGAGUCCCAGCUGCUUCUGUCCACGUAAGAGCUUUACAUAGAAACAUUACUGUAACAUUUCUGUAACCAGAGUGGAGUGCGUUGCUUUACAUUUUGAAUUUAAAGUUGCAUUUCAGUAGUGUUGCUAUAAAUGCUCUAAAAAUGUAGUAAUACAGUGGCAUACAUGUAGUUAUAUGUGCUGUUUUUCAGUGUCAGUGAGCAGAGUGACCUAAAGCCUGUGCCUCUGGGCUUGCUGAUCGAAAGCACCAUUUUCCCCUCCUUCAGCAUGUGAGUCCUAUUAUCUAACAACCCCUGACCCACUGUAUAUACAGUAAAGAGCACAGAAAUGCCAUCUGUACCACAGUUUUUAAUGUCACAUCCCAUUAUUCAUCACCCCGGCCAGAGUGAAACCUGUGGUGCAAACACAAUUUGACGGAACGGUGAUGGGCGAGUCAGCCAUGGUCAACACCAGUGACGUGGGCAGUCUGGUGGAGUUCAACUUCAAAGUGAGUCACCUUCACCACUCAAACCAUAUUAGACCUCCAGGAUUGCAUUUUUUCAUCUGUAAUAUGUGUGCUACUCACCCACAUUUCUCUCGCCGCCGCCCUGCCUUUGAAGCCAAACUCUUAUUCUUCAGAAGUUUAAUAUUGCGGGGGAAGGGACUGUUAUGUGAGCCAUGGUUUGUGGCAUAUGCAAGACCAGGGGCGGAUGCUAUUUAUGAAUUCUAAAGUCACAGACGAGUGCCGAGUGUUAUUUUACACCAUAUUGUUAUGUCACAGCACGGCUUUAAUUCCUUGUUUCUUUUUUGGCAUUUUCUUUGACCACCAGGUGAACAUGUUGGGACAGCCCUUACAAGACAUGGGGACCCUGGCUGUGGAGUUUGAGUGGCCUUCUGAAGUCAGCAACGGGAAGUGGCUGCUGUACCUGACAAAGAUUGUGGUUAAAGGGGACUCAGAGAUUGAAUGUAACCCUGCAGAAGAAGUUGUCAACCCCCUUAACUUAACUGUAAGACUCUUCUCUACAUACAUACUUUAAUCCUUUUCUGCUAGAGCCAAGAAAAAUAUAAGCUGAGUUUAUAACUGAAUAUUUUUCCAUACCCUGAGACCAGUCAGAAGAGCUAGGCUUCGUUAACCUCUGAACUCCAAACAGAUACUAAAGAUGCAGAUUGUGAACAAAGCCUUUUAAAAACAAAAGGAAAAUAUACCAGUGAUUCAGCCGGUUACAAACCACAUGAAAACAUCCUGUGUUUAAGUUCAGCCUUUGACCUUUCGUACAUUUUAUGCCUUCUCAUCUAAUCUUUCCUAUCUCUUUGUACCGUCAACAAUUUUCAUUAUUUAUACAGCCUACACACUUACGCACAUCUGAAAGUUUCCCAUUGCGCAAUAGCCACUGACAUGGUUACAGAAACGCACAGCUUUAAUGAAAGGCCAAAAGCAGAAAAACUUGACCAAAGAUCUACGGUCAUGCUAGUAUCUGAGGCACAGCAUCACUGAAGCUAAAGGCUAAUGCUUGAAUGCUAAAGUGCUGCCAUUUGCUGCACCAGGUUUCUGCCUGUUAAAAGGAAGUUUUUCCUUGCCACUGCUACUCAUGUUAGUUGAGAUGGGCCAAAACCCAUCUUAGGUUGGUUCUUGAUCAUCAAACAAUGAGCGUGGUCUAGACCUGCUCUUGUUCUUUGAAAAGCAUCUUGAGAUGACGACUGUUGUGAAUUGGCGCUAUAUAAAUAAAAUUUGAUUUGAUUUGAUAAACCAAAGUGUAAAAAUUACAGUAGCCUAUUCUGCUUAAAUCAAUCUGACACAAUAACAAAAUAUUUCUACAUGUCUAAGAGGCAAUGCUAACCAUGCUAACCAUACUAAUGCGAACCAUACAUGCUAACCAUACUAAUGCAAGAAUGCUAAUUCACUUGUAAGAGGUCAAAUAUGUCAACUUUUUAAUAACUUUGGUGUAAAUGACAGACUGAAUGAUGACGUUUGCAGAUCCUAUGUGCCAAGCAGCUAACAGCUAGCAUGACUAAUUUCAUUGUGAUGGUUACUCAGAGUUUAUUUGAGUGAUUUCACUGCUCAGAUAAAAAAAGAAAAUGCCCCAGCGUAUUUUAUGAAUUCACUGCCCUAGUUUGACAUCAAACAAGAGUAACUUCCUUUAAGCUUUGAGUGAAUUGUUGUGUUCACAGGAUUGUUUUAUGUGCUGUUAUUCCUUCUGACAUGAGCGUGAACUAAAGCUGUCUGAGAAGUAUGAGUAGCAGUCAGUGGCAGCAAAGAUGUGUGAAAACAGUCUCAGAGCCAAACCUCAGCUGUUCAGAAUAAACUUUGGAAAAAACAUCCAUGUCGCCACACAAAAACCUCACAGCGCUCCAAAUAGAAAGUCACAAUGCGUUCGGCCCAGAUAUAGACUGUGGAAAUGAAUGAAACUGCUAUUCUGAGAAGAAUUUGGUAAUGUUUUUAUCAAAACCAGCAAUUACUAUGAGCCCUGUGAUGUCAUGUCUCCGUGUCCUCCGCUGCCUUCUUUAAUCUAUAUUUCCCUCUCCCUUGUCUUCCAGCUGUCUGAGAGUGAACGGAGGCGCGUUAAACGGCAGAUUGUGGUGGAUGAUGUGGAUGAUGCUGAUGAUGCGACACAGCCGCAUAUUCUUGUGCCACAGGCAAAGAUAAAGUCUCUUAGUUAUCCCAAAAAGAGCUAUGUGUUGGUAAGAGAAUCACCAGAAGUCAUCUGCCUUUUAAAGCACAUACAAACACAUUUACUGUAUCUCCAUAAUAUGUUGCACCAUACUACAUAAAGAAAAUGUGAAUCAUGAAUGAAAACUCUGAAUCAUGACUGUCAGCACGCCGCUGGAGUAGAAAAGUCAGGAGAUCACCAGUGUCAGUAGGAUUAUCUCUCUGCGGAUGAUAUAUAUCUGUACCAAUUGUCAGGGCCAUUUAUUUUAAUAACUACAGAGGUAUUUUGGUCGGUUUAAAGGACUCCUGAGCAGCACUAACACUCCUAGUUCCUACAUAAUUUUACUCAACAUACACUGAAAUUUAUAAUCGAGUUUUAUUCUGUCAGUCUCCAAAAACCUUCAACCCUUGUAGCAGGGUAACUAACUCUUAGUAUUCUGGUUUUUAGACUUAACCAUUAAUUCAGAUUUUCUAGUAUUUGGUAAAGUUGUGUACAUCCAGUCAAUUCAGCAGAAUGAUCCUGAUGUCAAUUUGUCUAAUAGCUGUAUCUCCUUUCUUGUGUGUUGAAGGAAUGCUCCAAAAGAACAGCACGAUGUGUGACAUUUACCUGUCCACUGCUCAACAUGACAGAGACAGCAAAGAUUUAUGUCCGCUCUCGGCUGUGGAACAGCACCAUGCUGGAGGUGAGCUUGACAUACAAGGCCGUACACAUGCACCAAACCCUCCCCCUGACCUUUCCUUCCCAUUGCUAUCUCAAAGACUAAGAGUGAACACAUCAACUGAAACAAAUAUUUUUGCACGCCUAGCACACAACCAGAUGUGGAUCUUAGAUUUUGUCUUGCAAGCUUGGAAAAAUAAACAGAGCAUUUUUCUACAAAUUUGACGAUGUUGAGCUGUAGGAAAGAUGUUGAAAACUUGUCUCAGACUAUUUGAUUAAAUGUCUAUAUUUAAACUUUAUUUCACUGGGCCACAAGAUCCAAGUAUUAAUAUAAAGUCACAUCAUGUAGUGACCAUGUAGUGGGUUAGAGUUAGGGUUUGGCACCACACAGUCUCUGGUGCAAAGCUUUGCUGAGAUAGGCCACUUUGUCCAAAUAGGCUUGAUUGCAGAAACCAUCAAUCAUUUCACAUGGCCUUAUUUCGAGGUGUGUGUGUGUGUGUGUGUGUGUGUGUGUGUGUGUGUGUGUGUGUGUGUGUGUGUGUGUGUGUGUGUGUGUGUGUGUGUGUGUGUUUUCAGGACUACUCCAACGCUCUGAGAGUGACAGUGAGAGGUCAAGCCACCCUGAAGCUCAUCACUGAUAAACCAACGUUGAGGAUGGACAGUCUGACCAACAUGGUGUGUGACUAUUAUCACAGUGAUGAUGAUAAAGAGGGUGACUGAUACUGUCACUGUGCACUGACCUUUUUUCACCUCUUACGCAGUUCUCAGUUGAAAUUGAGCCAGUGGAGAGGGUGGAGAUACCAUAUGAGUUCCCACAGUGGAUCAUCAUCUCUGCGGUUGCAGCGGGAAUCACUCUCCUGGGAAUAAUCAUCGUUAUAUUGAAGAUGGUGAGACUACUUAUUGUAUUUGUACUUACUGAUUAGACACACUGUAAACCCCAGUGCAUCUGCACUUUUGUAUUUUUUUACCCACACCAACUUCCAUGUCAGACCAUCAGUCUAACCUUUGACUCACCCUCCUCCCCCUCUUCCACGCACCCUCCUCCUCCUCCUCCUCCUCCCAGUGUGGGUUCUUCGAGAAAGCCAGCAAGAGGGAAAUGUAUGAAGCCAAGGCCCAGAAGGCUGAGUUGAAGAUCCAGCCCUCUGAGACAGAGAGGCUGGCUGAUGACUCCUGA